CUUGUCAUGCCGGGCAUGACCAUCUAUUUCCAGAGAUAACAUUUUUCAAAAAAUUAUAUUUUCGUAAGAAUAAAGUCAUAUUCUCCUGAUGGCUCAGGCUAUUCGCCUUUGGAGCCCUAUGGUUCCACGCAACAAUAUGGAGCCCUCCGCAGGCGCUCUUCUAUUGUCGGGCAUGACUAAAACAGAGGGUUUCCAAUUUAGUCAUGCCCAUAACUAUGAGCAUGACCAAACCCUGUGUUUUAGUCAUGCCCAUAACGCUGGUUCCCUAUGUUUGGUCAUGCCUAACAAUAGGAGUGACGCAGGAGAGAACAAAGGCUAGUCAUGCCAUUUCGAGAGGGCAUGACCAUCAUUAUAAUCAUCAGAACCGCCCUGUGUUAUUUCAUGAACGCGAAUGCGAGGCAUCGAUGGCGGCGCUGCUAUGCCUAGAUCCACGAGCUGGGAGGUAAUUCUCUGUAAGUAAAAUGCAAGCAAAAGCUUAUUGCCAAGCAGCCACGACUCAUGUUAAUCUCCAGAACAUUUUAUGGCAAUGAGAGGGUUUUUCAGCCUUAGUGGUUUUGCACUAUGUGGAGAAGUGACAGGCACGAAAGGCCAUUUUUGGGCAUAAAAUCAGCGAGCAGGAUCAUUUUAUGCAACCAAACCAAACUCUCAGCCUUUUCAGUAAUCAAUUGUUACUAGUUGAACAUUUGGAGAAAAUCUUCUUGAUUAAAUGAAUGCCAAAUCUUGGUGCUGUUUCAAUGGAGAUGGAUGGAGGAGAUAGCAGUGUUAUUUUCCAAACCAACAGAUUUGAGAGCUUAAACUUUCCAGACAUUUAGCAGCAUAUUCAGAAACUGUUAAGCCCUUUAAGAGCAUUGUUACCAUAUUAUGAUUAGGACAAUAAGGUUGUAGUUAAUGGAUAGGAAUGCUAAAACUUGCUUAAAGUUAUUCUUCAAUUUUUUAUUCAUUAUCACAUGCAAUAACACUGUUUUUACACACAAUUAAAGUCAAACUCAAAGCUCUACUGACUUCACUUGUAAUUGAAAGUACCUUUUUACUACUUAUAGAUGUUUAAAUAAGAUGACCAGCGACAAGUCAAGCAUGUUACUGAUCUUGUUAGUUAAACAGUUUUAUUUCUUUAUAACUUUUCAUGUAUUUGAAAAUUUACAAGAUCAAAUUAUUUCAUUUAAAACCCUUGUUUGCUAGAUUUAGUAAGGAAAUCCAAUCAUGUGGAUGUUUACCACAAGUAUAUGUGGAAACAUAAAUGUUUUUAUCAAGCUAAACUUAUUUUGCAAGGUAUUUUUCUAUUAAGUCUUAACUUUGCAGGAAACAUUUUGCAACUAGGCCUAUCCAUUAUUUUAGCUUCCUAUAUUUCAUAUCAAUAUUUACAUUGCAUAUUCCUUUGCCCAUUUGUUUUAUUCAUCUAUCAGUUCUAUUCGGGUUGUUAGUUAAUCGUGAUGGCUUUAACUUACCUUCAAUAGAUUGAUAAUAAGACUAUUUGUGAAAAAUAUCACCAAAAAGCUCCCAUUCAGUUUCAUGUGAUUUAUUGUUUUAUUUACAAAUUUUAGCUUAUCUCUAAACUUUACAAAUGUAUUUCAGCCUGCAAAUUGAAAGAAAUUAGGAGAAUAACACAAUUAUUUGUUUAAGCUAAAUUUAUCUACUAUACUAAACUAAUGUUUUCGUAUGUCUUCUGUACAGUUCUGUUUUGAAAUUGUCAGAACUCUGUCUGUAUAAAUUACCAACAAACCAAAACAGUGUCACAGCUAUAAGACACAAAGGUCAUUUUAUGGUGUAACAAGAUAAUAAGAAAAGCUCUUUCCAAAGGUUCAUCAAACAAUUUUUUAUAAGUUGCAAGCCUUAAAAUUAAAAUUUCCCAAAGGAACUCAUCAACUGAAAAAUUGGGCGUGGCAGAAUAUGGCCACACCCAUAUUUUUUCAAAUUUGAGGGAGGGCAUGACCACUGCUAUUUGGCUAGCUACGCCACUGACUUUCUUAGUAAUAAUAAAUAAAAUUUGAUUUUUCUACACAAGUUACUUUAAUGCAAUCUUUAUGUUUCAGGUAGCAAUAAUUGCAGUUUUAGAAUGGGUGUAUCUUCACGAAGUCUUUUGCAUUUAUAUUUGAAUUUGAAUACAAAGUUCUUUUGCCUUUGCAAGAUACUUUCAGUAAAUCUUUGAUGUUUUCUUUAUCAUCGUGUUUUGUGUAACAAUGAGUUCGAGAUUGAAAGCUCUUUGGCUAGACUUUGUCUGUAUAUCACUGUCAAAGCUUUAGCAUAUAGUUUUUACAAACUACAUCUAGAAAUUAUGGGUUAUAUCUUUGUCUAAUAAAUAUUUUCCAAAUUCCUAUUGGAUGUACUUGUAGUUAUAACCAAUACUUUUGUGCCAGACUAGAAAAACGCAAGGACAGUCAACUGAGCGAUAAAAACUUGCAAUAGCUAUGUUUGGAAAAUACAGUGCUUACAGCUUUUUUAAAUUUCUUCGAUGGUGUGAGAAAAUUUCAAACUUAGGUGUAAUGGUCAUCAAGGGGAGGUAGAAAUUCGUUAUUUUUUUAAAUCUGCCGUUCCAUUUAUAUUUAGCCAAAACUCCCAAAAUUGUUGAUAGAUGUUGCUGCCCAAAAAAACUGAGAAUUUACCAGGUCCUUUUUUAUAAGACAACAGCUGAAGAAUUUCGCAAAUCCGUGAAACUUUGUAAAAAUCCCUUAUUCCGUGUAGCAUUUUUGAGAAAAUCCGGCAAGUUGGAGAAUUCCAUCGUUCCGUCGAGAAAUUGACAGAUUUCCCUAAUCCGCACCAAGUUUCCUUCAAAUUUCCUGACUCCGCAAACCCUGAUGACCCCCACAAUAGAUACUGUGUUGAUGAUAAAAAAGUCUUUAAUGCCUGCCUGCCAAAAUAACUUGAAACACUAAGUAACUUGCGUUGUGUUUUUGUUUUUCUUUGCAUACUUGCCCCUUCCCGAAGAGCAAUGCUGAUUGCUCAAGCUAGUAUCAAACAAAUUAAAUGAAAAACGUAGAUCUCAAUCUAUUGUGUUGAUUUAUAGUAAGCCAACAUUGUUCCUAGUGAAGGGAGGAUGAUUGAUUAACAUUAGUGUUCCACGACUUUUGGUAGAGACUGUAGGAAUUACCACUGUGGGAUGCUUUUUGUCCAAUGCCAAAAUAAUGGGUGAACUGAGCAGCAAAAGAGAGAAAAAUACUCAUUCAUAUAAAUUUCAUUUCUUUAUUUUUAGAAAAUUCAUCAAAAUUGCGAAAAAUGUUUAGUAAUCUGAGUCUUUACGUUGCCCAAGAACAUACUAUGGCUGCCUUCAAGAACCUGCAUCAAACAACAAAUCAAUACUCCCCGUACAACACAAUGGAAUCAGUAAGCUCUGGCAUGUUUGAGCCAGUGUUUCAUCAAAUACCAGCCUACCAAACAUACGCACCAAAAGAUAAGAUAACAAGCGCUCGAAAUGACAUGCACAUUUUUGAAGGCCACCGUCCACUGCAUUUUCCAUCCUUCCAUGUUGGUCUUCCCCAGCGACUGCCGAGUCCUAACCGAGCACCAAACUGGCACCAAACAACUUCAAUUCACCAACAGGCCCAGAUGUCUCUAGGGGAUCAGGAAUCACUUCAGAUUCCAAUGGUAGUUUCAGACAAAUGCCCCUACAUGGAUGAUAAGAAAAGCAAGCCCUGCUCUUCAGCGAUUUCAUUAUCCGACCACGAUGCAAUUCGGUCCGGUGAAACUGACCUGAACCCAAAUAAACUUUGGACACCACAGUCGCAGGGCACCGCUUACUAUGACCAAAAGGGCAUUAGUGCAGGAGGUCUUCAUAACUGGAUCUAUGAAAACCCAAAUGUUGUUUUAGGAAACGUACGAGAAUGCGUUAACUGUGGAACUCGUUCAACACCGAUUUGGAGGCGAGAUAAUUGCGGACAGUAUUUGUGCAAUGCCUGUGGCCUGUAUCAAAAAAUGAACAACACAAACCGACCAUUGAGAAGACCUAGGAGAAAGAUGUCAACAACAAAGAGGGCAGGGAUGUCUUGCAAUAACUGCAAAACAACAGAAACGACGCUGUGGAGGAGGAAUGCUAACGGAGACCCAGUAUGCAACGCGUGUGGAUUGUACUACAAGCUUCAUAAGGUAAAUCGUCCUAUAACUAUGAAAAAGGCCAGUAUCCAGACGAGAAAUCGAAAAUCAAACCAGUCAUGUAAAAAGCAACUGAAGAAAGAAGAUGCAUCAAAAUUACCAACAAGGCAGAUGGACUUAGACUUUUACCAAACUGCAAAAUUCUUGCAGCAAUGGCCAAUGAAGAGUUAUAACUAAAGGUCGUUAAUAUUGCUAUCCACAUAAAAACAAUAAAAAUCUACAAAGAGAAAGCGUAGACCGUCCUUUUUGCAAUGUCAGGGAAAAUGCAAUGUGUUUCCUUGUGAUAGUUAUUGAUGUCAGACAAACGGAAGAAUAUGGAAGUUAGAGUGGAGCGAAUCUGUACCGUACUGUAUAAGAUUUUUAAUUCUUCAAUGUUGAUGAAACAUUUGAAAAUUUGAUUAAUAUAAAUAUUUAGUUUAUUAGGAUUAUUAAUUGAUUAACAAGUAGAAGGGACGUAUAAGAAUAAAAUUUAUCGAAUAUUAAUGUAAUCUAUAAGAUUAACUUUGAGGAAUCAAAAUGGUAAAAAAUUCUGAGAACAACCAGAUAUAUCAAUGAGAGUUAAUUUCUUGUGUUCUUUAAUUUCUUAAGCCAUUUGUUGGUGGUGAUGAAUUUGAAAUGAUUUGAAAGCUUCCGUUUUUGUCAAAUCUAUUUUUAAUUUCUUAGACCUUAGAUUUGUUAAUUCUAAU